GAAACGAAAAAUUCGAGAAAGAAAAUUCCAGACUGAACAAAGUUAAAAAUUCCUGUGAAAAAAUUGUAGAUUUUUCGAGGCCAGAAGCAAACAAUAGUCAACAUUUAAAACAAUGGUAGACUACAGCAAAUGGAAGGAUAUUGAAAUUUCCGAUGAUGAAGAUGAAACACAUCCAAACAUCGACACACCAUCGCUAUUCAGAUGGCGUCAUCAGGCCCGCAUAGAACGUAUGGAAGAAAUGGAUCGCGAAAAGAGUGAAUUCGAAAAGCGUAAAAACUCUCAAAAAUCACGGUUGUUAGAAGUUAAACAAAAAAUCAAAGAAAAAGGUGAAUUGGAUGAUCUUAAGAAAGAACUUGAAAAAAUCGAAGAAGAAGGAAGAGAAAUCGCGAGAAUAGAAGACGACUUAAGAAAGAAGGAGAAAAAAACACCGUGGAAUGUGGACACCAUUAGCAAACCGGGCUUCCAAAAAACCGUCAUCAAUAAGAAACCAACUAAAGCCGAAUUAGAUGGUCUCUCAGAAGAAGAACGCGAAAACAGAAUGAAGAAUUUCGUCAAAGAAAAUGAGAAACUCUUAAAACAAUUUGGAAUGCUUCGCAAAUACGAUGAUUCCAAGAGAUUCCUCCAGGAACACCAUCAACUGGUUUGCGAAGAAACCGGAAAUUAUUUGGUCAUUUGGUCGAUUAAUUUGGAAAUGGAAGAGAAGCAUGAGUUGAUGUCACAUGUGGCACAUCAAUGCAUUUGCAUGCAAUACAUUCUGGAGUUGUCCAAACAGCUGGACGUUGAUCCUCGCGCAUGCGUUGGCUCGUUCUUCUCGAAAAUCCAGGACUGCAUACCCGAGUAUCGUCAGCAAUUUGAGAGUGAGAUCGAGGGAUUCAAGGAGCGUGUUCGCAAGCGGGCACUGGAGAAAAUUGCUGAAGCGGUAGCCGAACAGGAGGAAGAAGAUCGAAAGGCUCGUCUUGGCCCAGGUGGAUUGGAUCCGGUUGAAGUUUUUGAAUCGCUACCUGAUGAACUGAAAGUUUGCUUUGAAUCACGAGAUAUCGCCUUACUACAGGCAACAAUUGCGAAAAUGCCCGAAGAUGAAGCCCGACAUCACAUAAAGAGAUGUGUCGAUUCGGGCCUGUGGCUGCCAGAGGGUGGCGCAAAAGAUGGCGAAACCGAAGAGACAGAGGCAAAAUUCGCAGAUGCCAAAGAUAAGAAAGAAUCCGCCGCCGCAGAAGAACCGACAUAUGCAGGAGUAAGUACUGACGACUUGGACUGAUGAACUGCACGCUCUUCAUAAAACGAAAAACACUUUCUCCAUAUUUUAAGAACAACUCCUGUUCAUCCAUCCCAGCUACAGCUACUCAAACAAAACAAACAAAAAAUCAUGCAAAAACCUUUCACUAAAAUUAUUUUGGAAUGUUCUUCAAUUUAUUUUUUUUUCUUUUGAAUGUAAAUAGUAAUAAGAAAAGCUUCUCUUGAAAGGAUUCAAAACAAGAAAAAUAAAAAUCCUUAUUGUCCAUUCGCUUGGCAAUAUUUUCAAAAAGAAAA